GGACUACCUUUGAUAUUACGGAUACCAUCCACAUUGCACAACCAAAGUUCGAAAUAUUUGUUUAUGAUUAUCUUGAAGUUCUACAGGGACAUAUCUAAGAGACUGCUGGCAGAAUAUAAUAUCUACUCUCAUUGUGGAAACUCCCUUAUAAUAAUGACGUCGAAUAAAAAGGUUCUCAAACAGAAAAGCAUAACAGACUUUUCUACAGCUACAAAGUCAGACAAUGGUAACAUGAAGGAACAAGGGAAAGAAAAGAAAGAGGAAUUUGAGUUCUUUUUUGGUGCAAAGUUUGUAUUUAGUCAGUUCCACCCAGCCAAGUUUGUGGUAGAAAAAGUAACUUACAACUGUAUGGAACAAUACAUGCACCAUCAAAAAGCAG